GAAACCCCGCGUGCUGCCGGGGUCGCGCCGCCGUCCAUGAGGAGAAGGAGGAGCGCGCGCCAUUUGCCGUCGCUGCUUGGGCCCGAGCUGCGCCGCGUCGGCCCCGCUCCGCAGCAUAAUAAAAUGGCUAAUCAGGUGAAUGGUAAUGCGGUACAGUUAAAAGAAGAGGAAGAACCAAUGGAUACUUCCAGUGUAACUCACACAGAACACUACAAGACACUGAUAGAGGCAGGCCUCCCACAGAAGGUGGCAGAGAGACUUGAUGAAAUAUUUCAGACAGGGUUGGUAGCUUAUGUCGAUCUUGAUGAAAGAGCAAUUGAUGCUCUUAGGGAAUUUAAUGAAGAAGGAGCCCUCUCUGUAUUACAGCAGUUUAAAGAAAGUGACCUGUCGCAUGUACAGAACAAAAGUGCAUUUUUAUGUGGAGUUAUGAAGACCUACAGGCAAAGAGAGAAACAAGGCAGCAAAGUACAGGAAUCAACGAAGGGACCAGAUGAAGCAAAGAUUAAGGCUUUGCUAGAGCGGACUGGUUACACUUUGGAUGUAACUACAGGACAGAGGAAAUAUGGGGGUCCUCCUCCAGAUACUGUAUAUUCUGGUGUUCAGCCUGGCAUUGGAACUGAGGUUUUUGUUGGUAAAAUUCCCCGAGACCUUUAUGAAGAUGAAUUGGUACCACUCUUUGAGAAAGCUGGUCCAAUUUGGGAUCUGCGUCUCAUGAUGGAUCCUCUUUCUGGUCAAAACAGAGGUUACGCUUUCAUUACCUUUUGUAGUAAAGAUGCAGCACAAGAAGCAGUCAAACUGUGUGACAACUAUGAAAUCCGUCCUGGAAAGCACCUUGGAGUAUGCAUCUCCGUGGCAAACAACAGGUUAUUUGUUGGGUCAAUUCCAAAGAACAAAACUAAGGAAAACAUAUUGGAAGAGUUUGGUAAAGUCACAGAGGGUUUGGUGGAUGUAAUUUUGUAUCAUCAACCUGAUGAUAAAAAGAAGAAUCGAGGAUUCUGCUUCUUGGAAUAUGAGGAUCACAAGUCAGCAGCACAAGCUCGCCGACGCCUGAUGAGUGGGAAAGUAAAAGUCUGGGGAAAUGUUGUUACAGUGGAAUGGGCUGAUCCAGUAGAGGAACCUGAUCCAGAAGUCAUGGCAAAGGUAAAAGUUUUAUUUGUAAGAAACUUGGCCACUACUGUGACAGAAGAAAUUCUAGAGAAAUCCUUUUCUGAAUUUGGAAAGCUGGAAAGAGUAAAGAAGUUGAAGGAUUAUGCUUUUGUUCAUUUUGAGGACAGAGGUGCAGCAGUGAAGGCUAUGAAUGAAAUGAAUGGGAAAGAGAUAGAAGGGGAAGAAAUUGAAAUAGUGUUAGCAAAGCCACCGGAUAAGAAAAGGAAAGAACGUCAGGCUGCCAGACAGGCCUCUCGGAGCACUGCGUAUGAAGACUAUUAUUACUACCCUCCACCUCGCAUGCCACCUCCUAUUAGAGGCCGAGGCCGUGGAGGGAGAGGUGGAUAUGGCUAUCCCCCAGAUUACUAUGGCUAUGAAGAUUAUUACGAUGAUUACUAUGGUUAUGACUAUCAUGACUACCGUGGUGGCUAUGAAGAUCCCUAUUACGGCUAUGAUGAUGGCUAUGCUAUAAGAGGAAGAGGAGGAGGAGGAAGGGGUGGGAGAGGUGCCCCUCCACCACCUAGGGGGCGGGGAGCACCACCACCAAGAGGUAGAGCUGGCUACUCACAGAGGGGGGCACCCAUGGGACCGCCGAGAGGAGCCAGGGGGGGGAGAGGGGGCCCUGCGCAGCAGCAGAGAGGACGCGGUGCUCGUGGAGCCAGGGGCAACCGUGGGGGCAACGUAGGAGGCAAGAGAAAGGCAGAUGGGUACAACCAACCUGAUUCCAAGCGCCGUCAGACCAACAACCAGCAGAAUUGGGGCUCCCAACCCAUCGCUCAGCAGCCGCUCCAGCAAGGUGGUGACUAUGCCGGUAACUAUGGUUACAAUAAUGACAACCAGGAAUUUUAUCAGGAUACUUAUGGGCAACAGUGGAAGUAGACAAGUGAGGAGGGAUUGAGAAUAUUGGAAACAUAGAAUUGGCUAUAGCUCUACAUCUUUCAAAAAAAAAAAAAUUGGCUUAAUGUUUCAUCCUUCAGUAGCGAUUGGCUGCCAUUUGUAUUGGGCUGAAGAAUCACUCUAUUGUGUAUAUACUCGAGUCUCUUAGUUUUCUUUUUUCAUAAAUGCACUUGGACAUUACUGGGCUUGCAGAAUUCCUGAACUCCAUAUGGGGUUUCAGUGCUUUUAUCAUUUUAGGCUUCAUUUUAGCAGUUUAAAAGCAGGAAUGGCACACUGUUCAAUCAUGAUUUUGCAGAACCUCUGGUUUUGGACAGUUUCUUCUUUUUUUUUUUUUUUUUUUUUUUUUUUUUUUUUUUUUUUUUUGGAUUUGGGAUAGACUACAUAGGAGUAUGCUGUACAUAAAAGUAAAAGCUAGUGCUUUGUCUUAGUAGUUUUAAGAAAUUACAACAAAUUAAGUUUUCUUGUAUUGAAAAUAACAUGAUUGUAUGUUUUGCAUUCCUAGAAGUAGGUUAACUGUGUUUUUAAAUUGUUAUAACUUCACACCUUUUUGAAAAUCUGCCCUACAAAAUUUGUUUGGCUUAAAACGUCAAAGCCGUGGCAAUUUGUUCCUUGAUGUGAUUGUAUUUCCAAUUUCUUGUUCAUGUAAGAUUUCAAUAAAACCUAAAAAUCUAUUCAAAACAUUA